CCGUGAACUUUUAUGAAAAAAAAAAUCAUACCCGCAUCGGUCAAUUAGAAUGAUGACGGACAGUCAUUCACCGUCGCAGACACAACAUGAAACUGUCUAAAAAUAAAACGGGAUUCACGGCCGGCGCGCAGAACUCUAGCAAUACGGGAGAAUAUCGGCCAUUCCUCGGAGCGCGCCUCCCAGCGAAACAUUAUUGAUAAAUACCACAGUUCUCUUUGCCGCGUUUCGUUAACUCGUUUUAAUUAUGAGUCUAGAGCGAAGGUCAUUCGGCAGCACCGAUCCACAGGUUACAAAACGUUUAUUCACGAUUAUAGUGCUCUUAGUUGGGUUGCUAUGCAUCUUUGGAGGCUAUUUGCUUGGGAGAAUGGCUCGGACCGAAGUGAAGCGCGCCAACGAAUUAUUAACACACAAUUUGACGGCCGUGGCGGACUCGUUGUACAAAAAAGCCAAAAGGAUCACGCCCAAAGUGAUCCAUCACAACGAUCCAGAGAAAAUACUAGCGAAAUUACUUGACACGUUCAGUUGUAACGAUUGCGGGAAAAUUAAUAAAUAUAAUCUAGAAGAAUACGUUAAAAAUUCUAUUAAUUACCAAAUCGGAAAAUUAAUAAAGGCAGUCAACAACGCUACCGUUUAUCUGGACUCAUUAAGUUGAUAUUCUGUGUUAUUCCUACGUAUUUAAUUAGUCAAUACAUUUAUUGUGAUAAUUAUGUGUGAUUUUGGAUUUAUUAAAAACGAAUUA